AUGUGGUUUAAAAGCAGCAACUCGAAAGCGGAAGGGAGCGAGAAGAACUUCGGCGGCCAGGAAGACGCGAUCAACUACGAGGAGGAGGAGCAAAGGAAAGACGGCGUGGAAAGCGGCGUGGAGGGCGGAGGGGUGAACGACGUGGUAGACGACGUGGUAGACGACGUGGUAGACGACGUGGUAGACGACGUGGCGAACAACGUGGUGGACGUGCCGAACGAUGUGGUGGAGGGUGGUGCGGGCGGUAAGGAGGAUAUUAGUGAGGGCGGUGCGAAGGGCAAUUCUACGGGCGGCAAGGACGACGAUGCCGAAGAGAGGUCGCACCAGAAGGAGGAUGCCUCGGAUGAGGAGGAGUGCCCCCUGGACGAUACCCAAAUUAGCGAGCAAAUUGAAAGCAUUAUAAAGAACAUGUCGUCCGAUGAGGAAGAAGAAGGCGAAGUAGUAGAAGACGAAAUCCCAUACGAUCGAAUUGAAACGAAUACCAAAUUAAACAAGGAGGUGAUUCUUCUAAAUUUCUACGCAGACAUGUCGACGCAGAGGUUAACUUCCCUAAUGAGUGUCUUCGGCAAAGUGAGGAGCUCCUUCAUCGACGACAAUGAGGGGGUCCACGUGAUCUUCAAUUCGGUUAAGACCUCCCAAAGGGCAAAGGAAUUUCUAGAUAAUUUGAAAAUAAAAAAUAGGAGAAUACAAGUCAUUUACGGCACUUACCAGGAGGGGAGGGGUGCGUCUGCGCGAGGGGGAGACCACGCUGAUGGUGCAAACGGGGAGGGAUACAUAGGAGAUGACUUCGCUGACCCAGAUGAAGCGAAAGGAACCCCCAACGAUGCUUCCAUCAUCUCGCAUCACGACAAAUUAGCCAACCCUAAAAAUGGGAAGACACCCGUAAAGCUAUAUAAAAAUAGGAAAUAUUACCAGAACCCGAUUCCCACACAAUCGCAGAGCAGCAUGGCCAACAGCUUUGCCUACGGCAACCACGUCAAGGGUAUGGUGCUUCAUGUGAAGACCAGCACGUACUUUGUUGCCCCGUCUUCUAACUCAAAUAUGAUGAGCGAUUUUGUUUCCGCGUCUGAGAUGUCGUUCGGUCAGCAGGAGAAGGCUCCCCUCGGCAACCACCUGCACGGCCGAGUGAGGGGUGGCAACCAGAAUAAGCCCCUCCACGGUCAGGCGCACCAUCAGAGUCAGACGUACCACCACAGUCAGGCGCCCCACCACAGUCAUGCGCACCACCCGGAGCAGAUGGCCCUCCUUGACGCGCCCAACUUCAGCAACGUCGCCAACUACGUGCAGCCGCCUCCGCCCCCUCCCCCGAGGUCGCAGGCGCUGUACGGCCAAUCGUUUAGCGAGUCGGGGAGGGGCAGCCAGAUGGACCCCUACCCGCAUUACAGCCACCCUAAUAAUCAGCCUGGUGGCCACACGAGCGGCCAUCCGAGUAGCCACCCGAACAACCUGCAGCAUGCAUCCCCCCACCUGGGGAGCGAAGGCUCUGCGAAUAGAAUGCCACACAACCAGCCGCUACCCCCCCAUUUGAAGAGAAAAAAAAUGACCGAGAGAUUCCCAAACAGUUUCAUUCCAAGCGUUUAUAAAAAGAAUACCUUUGAGGCGCCCCCCCCUGGGAAUCAUCCUCCCUACGUGCCCUACUCUAAUCAGCUGCCCACGUCUAGUAGGAACAUGCACAUGAAGGGAGUGCCUCCCCCUCACCUGAUUGGCAGCUCCUCUCACGGUGAAGCAGGCAUGACUAACCCGAUUGGAGGAAACCACCCCCCUCUUUUGAUACCCCCCCGUACCAGGGACCUGCCCACCUCUACCACAGUGCCGCCAUAUAACAACAGCUUCUAUAGAUCCCACGCGGGUAAUGACCAGCACCAUGGCGGGAACACCUACGGGAACGUCGCAAACAGUGAGGAGUACCCCACGCAGCAUGGGGUUUAUCCCACGUACGAGGAUCACAUCCCCCACCCGGCGAAGCCCCCCAAACUUGCAAAGUACAGCAAAACAGUUAAGCACAGUAGGCAGCAGAACCCACAGCUCGCAUCUGAAAUGGACGCGACUCAGCAUGACGAGUCAGGAGAGCCGACCCCAUUCGAUGAGGACAACCCCUUUGGAAUAAGCAAAGAAAACCAAAUGGCAGACAAUCCUUCCUGGAAUGAGAGGAAGACCAAACAGGUUCUACAAUGGGAUCAAGAUGCAUCUGUGGAAAAGAAUCACCUGAAUUUUGUGGAUUCUUUUGGGUCAGCCAAAAUUUAUAAUCGCUACCUGCUCGUAACGAACCUCCCGGACCACCUGGAUGAGGAGGGCAAAGUGAAGGAGUACGUCAAUGGGUUGUUUGCCACUGAGAAGAUGCACUGCUUCUGUGUGGAGGUCUCCCUCUUUGUCUCGGUCGAGGUGGACGAGGCGCGGUUCUUCAGGGACGCCGCCAGGGGGGGGGAAGCGGCCAACAAGGGGGAAGAAGCCAACCAGGAUGAAUCGACCAACCAGGAGGAAGAAGCGGCCAACAAGGGGGAGGAAGUGGCCAACAAGGGGGAAGAAGCCAACCAGGAUGAAUCGACCAACCAGGAUGAAUCGACCAACCAGGAGGAAGUCGCCGCCAAUCAGGGGGAGCAGCAGGUGGGUGUAGCGGGUGUGGCAGACGUGGCCGACGCACCGCUUCGUCGGCGCUGCGCGCACCUGACCUUCCGAACGACCAAGAACUGCGUGGAGGCCAAGAAGGCGCUGGAGAAGAAGCACCUCAAGGUGACCUUCUCCUGCCCGAGCAAAGCGAACGUCUGUCUCUGGGUAGGAAACAUCAUAAAAAGUUUUUUUGUAAACAGGGCGAACGUACUUAAGAGCAUGUUCGCCCACUUUGGCCCCGUGAAGAACGUCAAAUAUGUGCAAGACAAGAAUUGCCUCUUCAUUCAAUAUUACGAUGUGGCGAAUGCUAUCCAGGCGAGGAACCAUCUUUAUGGACUGCAGGUCUCUAACAAUACCCUACUAAACAUAGACUACUCUACCCUAGGUGAGUGGGAGGGGAAGCAACACAAGGUGAGUCUCACGAGGAAGAGACUGCUAGACGCGCUUGCCUAUGACAAUGGGAAGAUGAAACAGAGGUUAGAAUCUACGCUGAAGAAGAGGAACACCGGGUUUAUAGAUUCUAAGGUGAUGCUUCUGCUGAAGAAGGGAGGAGGGGCCCAUCACGGUGGUAGUACCGCUGGAGGGGUGCGCAUUAAAAGGCACGGCACAGAUAGAAGUGAUGAGCAUAGCGUAAAGAGAAGACCCAAUGUGAAUGAAAAUCACUCCCCCAGCACCUCCCUGCACAGGAGGAAACACCGGUCUUCUGCUGUCGACUCGCAUUUAACCAGCAGCUCUGCAAAUGAUAAGAAUGAUAGGACGCGAGGGGGAAGUGGCCACUCGAGACAUGACAGAAGGGAAUCGAGACGGUCGUCCAAACGGAAGGGAACCACCACGUCGGAUCGUUCGCACCACCGUCACCACCGCCACCACGAUCGGCAUCAUAGAAGGCACAAGAAGAGAAGGAGCGGCAACAGCGGAAGCGCGGAUGGGGGUGAUGCCCCUGGGUAUAGCUCCCGAGGGGAAGAAGGUUCAAACAGCGAGAUGGCCAAGAGUGGCCCCCACCGGGACCACGCAGAGGGAGAAGUAGCAGAGGGAGAAGUAGCAGAGGGAGCGGAGGAGGAAGAACGCACGGACAGCGACUUCAACAGCCUGGACGGCGUGGAGCUCAACGACUACAAUGAGAUCCAAAAAACGGUCUCCUUCUACGUCAACCAGAAGUACAAGUGCGACUUUAUCUCCAAUUUUUACGACGGCAACCCGGAGCUCAAGAUCUACCCCAAGCUGAACGUCGAAACGAAGAGCGACGUGCACAACCUCAUGAACAUCCGGAACUCCUGCAUCGACUACUCCGUCUGGCAGUUGGGGCCCACCAUCACGCAGAAAAAGAAGUUCCUGCACAUCUGCGAGCACUUCAGCAAGAAGAAGAACCUCCCAGUUAUCAUCGACAAGAACUUCACCAUCUUCAUCGUGCCCAUGAAGGAGGACUACCUGAAGGACCUCGGUAUCGACAACCCGGACUUCAUGUACGCCUUUGUCCUCCAAACGAAGAAGCUCUAGCGCGGCGCGAGGAACGGAACGGACGGACCCCCUUUUUUGUUUCCCGUUUUUCUCUUUCCCUUUUACCGCGCACGGUUCAUUUGUUUCACGCCAGAAAAUUAUUUUAUUUAUUUAUUUUUUUUUUUUUUUUUUUUUUAUGUACCUUUUGAAGAUCAUUUAAAAAAGUAAUUAAAAAGGGGCGAAAAAGGGGGGAAAAAAAGGGCAAAAAAAGGGCGAAAAAAGGGCGAAAAAAAGGGCAAAAAAAGGGCGAAAAAAGGGCAAAAAAAGGGCAAAAAAAGGGCAAAAAAAGGGCG